CGUGCGCUGAGAUACCUAUAUAAUAUAUAGGCGCAUGCUAGAAGCCCUCUCAUGAACCGUUGAUCAAACACUGUUACCGAUAUCCAGUGCACGUCUAAAAACUUUGUCAACGCUCGCUAUAUUAAUCCAAUUAGUACUCGAGAAACACAAACAUGGCAGGAAACCAUGGGUUCUCAGGUGUUUAUGAGCAGGGAGAUCAGAUUAACUAUGGCCGAUCGAGCGUUGCAAAUGAAGACAAGCAUCACACAAUGAAUGUCGAGGGGUAUAGGCCCAAGGACCAGAACAAGACAAUGAAUAAAAUGCUUGACGAAGACAUCCAAGAUGAAGUCGCCGAGCGAUAUAAACACGAUCCUACCUAUCGAGCAACCAUGCACGGAAAUGAGCCUUCGCGGGGCGCUAAAGCCGACGCAGAGAUUCAACGCGAGGAGGAAGAGUUGCUGAGAAGGAAGAAAGAAAAGACUGAGAGUAUGCCAGGGAAGAAAAUGUGAAUCGGAUU